CUGUAUGUAUGUAUACUGUAUGUACGUCCGACCCUCUUUAUAAAUGGCUCCUUCAUCUUCUCCAGACAAAAAAACACACACACUAAUAAUUAUAAGUAUUCAUUACUAUUGCUCAGUCGCUUAAUCCCAACCAUGUCCUGCAAGAACAGCAGAAAUUCUUCUUCAGACAUGAUUCAGCAGAAGAUGGCGCACGUUAGCAUCCAAGAAGCAGCAGCAGCGGCGCCUAUUGUAUCCUCGUACAACGACAGGAUCCGCCCCCUCCUCGACGCCGUCGACCGCCUCCGCAACCUUAAGAUAAUGCAAGAAGGCAUCCAGCUCCCGACCAUCGUCGUCGUCGGCGACCAAUCCUCCGGCAAGUCCAGCGUCCUCGAGUCCCUCGCCGGAAUCAGCCUCCCCAGAGGACAAGGAAUCUGCACCAGGGUCCCUCUCAUUAUGCGUCUGCAGAAUCAUUCUUCCCCAAACCCUGAAUUCUUCUUAGAGUACGACGGAAAAGUUGUCCAGACAGACGAGGAAAAUAUCCCCAACUCCAUUGUAAUGGCGACCGAUGAAAUCGCCGGAGAUGGAAAGGGGAUUUCCGACAAUCCGCUAACCCUAACCGUGAAAAAAAACGGCGUUCCUGAUCUUACCAUGGUGGAUCUUCCUGGAAUCACUCGAGUUCCUGUCCACGGACAGCCAGAGGAUAUAUACGAACAGAUUUCGAGCAUAAUCAUGGAGUACAUUACUCCUGAAGAGAGUAUUAUCCUAAAUGUUCUGUCGGCGAGCGUCGACUUCACUACCUGCGAGUCGAUAAGGAUGUCGCAGCGCGUGGACAAGACGGGGCAGAGGACGCUGGCCGUCGUGACUAAAGCAGAUAAAGCUCCGGAAGGCCUGCUGGAGAAGGUAACCGCCGAUGACGUCAACAUAGGCCUUGGCUACGUCUGUGUAAGAAAUCGAAUUGGGGAAGAAACCUACGAGGAAGCCAGAGGGGAAGAAUCCAGAUUGUUCGAGAAACAUCCUCUUCUGUCGAAGAUCAGCAAAUCGAUGGUAGGGAUUCCUGUGUUGGCACAAAAACUGGUUCAGAUUCAGGCGACCAUCAUCGUGAAAUGCCUGCCGGACAUUGUGAAGAAGAUCGACGAAAAGCUGACGUGGAACAUCGAAAGCGUUAACAAAUUGCCCAAAGUUCUUACCUCAGUGUCUGAUGCUCUGACUUCGUUCAUGAGUAUCAUCGGCUCUGCUAAGGAAUCUUUGAGGAAAAUCUUACUCAGGGGAGAGUACGAUGAAUAUCCCGAUGAAAAGGAAAUGCAUUCCAGUGCAAGAUUAGCUGAAUUGCUGGAUAAAUUUUCAGGCAAAAUUCAGGCAGAUCAUAUCGGUUCAGACAGUAAAAAUCAGUUCUUGAUCGAUGAAAUCAGUGUCUUGGCCGAGGCGAAAUCGAUCCAGCUGCCGAAUUUCUUGCCAAGAACUGCUUUUCUUACACUUCUUCAGAGGAAGAUCAAGUGUGUGUCUGCAAUGCCAUUCGAGUGCGUAGACAGCGCUUGGACAUACAUAGGAAACGUCGUUGUUUCGGUGCUAAUGAAGCACGCGGAGAAUUAUCCGCAGCUUGUUGUCCCGACGAAAAGGGCGGCGCAGAAUCUCAUUGCAAGAAGGAAGCAGCAUUUGAUCGAUAUGAUGAAGGAUCUGAUCGAAAUGGAGAAGCUUACGGACUACACGUGUAAUCCCGAAUACAUGGUUUUAUGUAAUAAGUUCAUAUCUUUCCAACCUCAAUUGAUGAGGAUUAUGGAGGAUUAUUACCAGCCGUCGAAGCUUUGCAUCGACGACUACGGUGAGGUUGACGUGGCACAUUUAAGGAGCCAGGGGCGAGUCGUGCAAGAAGCUUUCGAUCUGAAAAUGAGGCUUGUCGCGUACUGGAAAGUUGCGUUGAAACGAAUGGUGGAUAAUUUGGCGUUGCAUAUGAUGUUCGGGAUUAAUAAUCUCGUGAAUAAGGAUUUGGAGAAGGAAAUAAUCGAAGAAGUUAUGGGGAAAGACGGGCGGGGACUCGAUCGAAUGCUCGGCGAGUCGCCGUCGAUUUCGGAGAAGAGAAAGAGGUUUAUGAACAGCAUAGAGCUGCUGAAGGAGUCCAAGGAUGUUGUCUCGGACAUCAUGGAUACAAUCGCUUCCGACGUUGAUUAUUAAUUAAUGGAUGGAUUGAAGGGAGGAUUGGAUUUCAGUUUUUAAGUAUGUUUUUAUUUGUAUUGGCGUUCAUGAUGGUGUGUUAGAUUUUGCUAAGUGUGCUGUUCAAAGUUCCAAAAUUAAACAUUGUCUUAAGUUUGAGAA